AUGUCGAUAUCACCAUUCCUUCGUUCGCCCUUUACGGACUUUACCGGGGGUAUGGUAUCCCACCAGUUACUUGGCGCUUGCCAGAAGCAGGAGAUCCGCUACAUGGACUGUCUUGAAGCCUAUGGCUUGGACCGCGGCCGAGUUAAAUGCGAACAUCUCUUCCAUGAUUUUCACGAAUGCCAAACCAAAACACUGCAGUACAAACGCUUUGCGGCUAUGCGUAAGGAGCGCGAAAGACAAAUCGCUGAAGGAAAAUUGACCGGCGACAAGAAAUAUGUCACCCCUAGAAUUGAUAGUUACUAA